GCCACGGCUGAAAUCGGACGUAUUGACUCGAAACACAAGUGCGUGCGCGUUCUAUGCGCCCAAAAUUAAAGGUAGUUUAUUUUUUGGCAUUACCUUGAAACUGGGUGAAAAUAUAUACUAAGUGGCAAGUGAAAAAAGAUAAUAUAAAGUGAAAAUUCUUACAAUUCCUCUGUAUUUUUCAAGAAAAUUUAGCAACAACAGCAACCACAACAAAUUGAAAAGUGUUAAAACAAAAAGAAUAUCUGGAAAAUCUAUUAAAAGUUAAUUCAUAAAAAAAAUAUUGAGAAAAAAUUGUAUCCAAAACCAAUCAGUGAUAGUUGCCUUGAUUAUGAAUGCUGCUUCAUAGUAUCGAGUUUAAAUACAUCCACCCAUCCAUAUAUGAUUGGAUUUAAGUGUGUGCAUGUGUAAAUAUUGCCAAUGAAAAAUAUUCAAUAUUUUGAAAAAAUAAUAAUAUCCAAAUAAUACUAAAUUCAAUAGAAUACCCAUCAAUAGAAGCGUGAAAGUGAAAAAUCGUACAAAAGUGUAGUGUAGUGAAGUGAGUUAGUGUGUACACAAAAAAGGCCAAUACCGAAAAAUGUGUAAUACAUUUCCAGGCGCAACGAUUCAAAUCGCAAGUGUAUUAAAUGUGUAUAUUCUACGCUAAAAACAACAACAACAAAACGUCACAAUAAGAACAACAACAAAAGUAGAAGCAGCAAGGAAUUGUUAGUGGAAAUAAAAUUUAAAUAACCAAAUUUUCAACAAUAGCUAAGUGGAGAACACAAAAGUGAUAAUAAUUCGCCACGAAAAAUAAAUGUUAUCCAGAAGAGUUAAAUACAAUUGUGGAAUAUAAAAAAAUUGGACAGUCUUCAGAGAAGAGAAAACAAUAAAACCAUAUUUGAGAUUCUGUGAAUGCAUCGUGUGGAAAAAACAUCAGAUAUCAUUGUGACCAAUUUCAUCAUUUCCAUUUGGACAAAGGACUCAGUCUGUCUUCACUCGGCGAGAAUAGCGGAAAAACUGUUCCAGUUCCAGCAACAAGUAUUACUGUCAUAGAGUAUUCGAGGAUAUACAUAUGUGUGUAAAAUACAUCUGUGAUUUAAGCUAAAGAAUUCUACGAAAAUAAAGCUGUAGCAGAACAAAAGACACAAUCGCAGUACAAACGUCCGUCAAUACCAAACUUAAAAACAGUUUUUAGUUACAAGAAGCAAGCAAAACUAAUUCGUCUGCAUCAGAAUUUAUUGACUUGGCUGUUGUUACGAAAAGAAGAAACAAUAGAUGAAAUGUAGCGCGGAUCUAUGGUCGGCGAACGUGAUAGAGACCGUGAAACGGUACGCUGGGAAACGGGUGCAUCAACACCACCGACCCAAUACAAUAAUGGAGCAUUACAAAUGGUGGGACAAUUGCAUGGUGGACAGGCUACAAGCCAACAACAAUUGCAGCAGCAGCAACAGCAACAACAAUUGCCAAUACAACGUGAUCAACAACAGCCGCCACAGCAAAUUUUGCAAAAACACAAACAACUGCAACAGCUGCAACAGGACUACAAUUAUCAGCAGCAGCAGCAGCAACAACAACAGCAGCAGCAAUCCAACAACUGGAUCGAAAACGAAACACUUGGACGCAACAGUGCAACAUCAACCACAACAACGGCGAACAUCGGAGACGGCUGUGAUAAUCAGCCCUACUACGACACCAGCGGGAAUGUCGAUUGGAGCCGGGCGAUGGGAACCGGUGGAACUGGUGCAUACAUUAGCGGCGAUGGAUCUCUCCCAACAGCUGGCAGUGUUGUUUAUAACGUUGGCCAAAGUCCUGCAAACGGCCGAGGGCCCCACCACCAUCCCGGCGCCCCUCUUACUGGCAACCUGGAUUAUAUUGAUGGUGGCAGCAUUGCUGGCGCAUCCGCCGCAACUACGCACACUGCUGGCGGUAUGCAGGGCGGAACUUCAAUCGCUUCGGUUGGUUGGGCGUCGGACGCUACAAACGCUCCGCCGCCAACUACCACCGCCGUCACAACUGCAACAUCGGCUUCAGGUACUGGCAAAGAGGUUCGCUACGCGCCGUUCCCCAUCACGUCGCCGACACACUCGAAUCCCACGACUUCCCAGUUGCAACAGGGCCAAAUCAAUGCCGGCGCCCUCCAGCGGACACAUUCCAGAUCAAUGUCCUCCAUCCCGCCUCCGGAACCUUUUAUGAUAGCACAGUCGAAGCAAAUGAACAGUCGCGUCUCCAUUAACGUCGGCGGAGUCAAACACGAAGUCCUGUGGCGCACACUCGAACGCCUUCCCCACACGCGCCUCGGACGUCUGCGUGAAUGUACCACACACGAGGCCAUCAUCGAACUCUGCGACGACUAUUCGUUGGUGGACAACGAAUAUUUCUUUGAUCGCCACCCCAAAAGCUUCAGUUCCAUUCUAAAUUUCUAUCGCACCGGUAAAUUGCACAUUGUCGACGAGAUGUGUGUGCUCGCCUUCAGCGAUGACCUCGAAUAUUGGGGCGUCGAUGAGCUCUACUUGGAGUCGUGCUGUCAACACAAGUACCACCAGCGCAAGGAGAACGUACACGAGGAGAUGCGCAAGGAAGCCGAAUCGUUGCGCCAGCGCGACGAGGAAGAAUUCGGCGAAGGUAAAUGUGCCGAAUACCAAAAGUACUUGUGGGAGUUGCUCGAGAAGCCGAACACUAGUCUGGCAGCGAGGGUUAUCGCUGUGAUAUCCAUAUUGUUUAUAGUCCUGUCUACCAUAGCCCUGACGUUGAACACCCUACCACAAUUACAACAUUAUGACGUUGAUGCGGGUACACCAACUGAUAAUCCACAAUUGGCUAUGGUUGAGGCCGUUUGUAUAUCGUGGUUUACACUAGAGUAUAUACUUAGGUUUAGUGCGUCGCCUGACAAGUGGAAAUUUUUCAAAGGCGGCCUAAAUAUAAUCGAUCUAUUGGCAAUACUCCCCUAUUUUGUUUCACUGUUCCUCUUGGAGACAAACAAGAAUGCAACGGACCAGUUCCAGGAUGUGCGCCGGGUGGUGCAAGUAUUCCGCAUCAUGCGCAUCCUGCGAAUCCUUAAGCUGGCCCGUCACUCAACGGGCCUGCAGUCGUUAGGCUUUACGCUACGCAAUUCAUAUAAGGAACUCGGUCUACUAAUGCUGUUCCUGGCUAUGGGCGUUCUCAUAUUUUCUUCGCUGGCAUAUUUUGCCGAAAAGGAUGAAAAGGAUACAAAAUUCGUUUCAAUACCGGAAACAUUUUGGUGGGCGGGUAUUACAAUGACAACUGUUGGCUACGGGGACAUCUAUCCCACUACUGCACUGGGAAAGGUUAUUGGUACUGUGUGUUGCAUAUGCGGUGUUCUGGUAAUCGCUUUGCCUAUUCCCAUCAUAGUUAACAAUUUCGCUGAAUUUUAUAAGAAUCAGAUGCGACGCGAGAAGGCGCUCAAGCGGCGCGAGGCGCUCGAUCGUGCCAAACGAGAGGGUAGCAUUGUUUCUUUCCAUCAUAUCAAUCUGAAAGAUGCCUUUGCCAAAUCCAUGGAUCUCAUCGAUGUCAUUGUCGAUACAGAAAAGCGCGAAAGUCGCUCUAGAUCCAUAAAAAAUUGGCACCGUUUAACAAAAGCCCUACGACGAUCGUUACCCACAGGGCACAACCUCUCGCAGACGGAUGGGAAUAGCACAGAAGGCGACUCGACCAGUGGACGAAACCCGGCAACAACAGGGAUCGGUUGCUAUAAGAACUACGAUCAUGUCUCUAAUCUAAGAAACUCGAAUGCACCACAUCAUCAUGGAUCAUCUAUACCCGAUCAACAGGACGCUGUGCCGCCAUACACGUUCGAUAACCCGAAUGCAAGGCAAACAUCAAUGAUGGCAAUGGAAAGCUAUCGACGUGAGCAGCAGGCAUUACAGCAGCAGCAGCAAGAGCAGUUAGGCAACACCGCCAAGUCUGCAGCCUUGGCACUGACUUCUUCAAACGCAAUUACAACCGCCAAUAGCGGACCAAGUGCAGCCAAUAACCAAACACAGCAGCAGUCGAGUACUGCUGGUGACGAAGGUACGGGUUCCAAUGUCCAAGCCUCGGGUGGUGGCGGUGAUGACGAAAAUGGACCACCCUCAAUGCUACCCGUACAAAUGAUGAUUAAGCCAGGGGAAGUGGCGGAAUUGCGACGUCAGGUGGCGCUAGAAAAUUUGCAAAAUCAACGACUGGACAACUACGACCAGGAUGUACCGGUGGAAUUCGAAUGCUGUUUUUGCACAUCAAAGGACUUCAAGGAAUUUACAGAUGCCGAAGGUGUGAUAUCACUUCCAACAUCGGACUUCCAUAAGCCGAUCUGUUAUGAGAUGCGACAAGCGGCUAAUCGCCAGUUGCAACAAACUCUUCCAUUUGGCGGCUUUCCAAUUGCGGCCUCACCACCUUCUGUGCCGGCCAUACCGCCAGCAUCGGCGGCAGCUUUCAUAUCCAAUCAAUUACAAAUGGGCAGCGGUGGCAUUGUGACCGCUUCCACGGGUACAACACAAAGCGAGCUACUGUAUUCGGCCGGCAGCGGAGGUGUUGUGCGAACGUCACUGCCAUACACUGCCACCGGUGGCCUUGCGCCCAUAUCGCAAUCCUCGUCGACGUCAUCGUCGUACGGCACCACGACAUCGACCACCAUCGCGCUGCCAUUAGACACGACUCUGAGAUAUCCGCCGUAUGUGAGCAGCAGUUCCACUGUCAUCAGUAAUUUCAAUCACAAUUACAAUAACAAUUUCAACACAACAUCUCUGGGAACUUGCCAUCCGCUGCCAAUGAGCACCAGCCAACAAGGUGUGACAGCACUGGGGAACAAUUUCAGCAACAAUAAUUUGAAUAACAAUUUCAAUAAUAACAAUGCCGAUCUGGCAAGCGUAGAUAGUUCGGACACCUAUGCCAGUUGUCAAACCCACCCAUUCUUGUCACAAGGCGACCUCACGUCCGAUCUGAACGACGAGGUGUGUGCCCUGGACAUUGAUAUGGAUAAUUUGUAUAUAAAUCCACUGGAAAAAGACUCGGCUGGUAACACAACUACCGGUUAUAUGGUGGGUCUACCGCCGACGCCAUCUUCGGGCCAGAUACGGGCCCAUGUGAAAAAGAGCGCAUCUGGUGAUACGGCUUUGCGAAAUUUGGCAGCUGGUGGUCUAAGUCCCAUGGAUGAUGUCUAUCAAAAUUUCGACGCUCAUGAUCGCGGCAGUCACAUAAGCCUCAAUGAGAAUCCAGUGCCAAAGCAUCGCAAGACGCGAUUCCAACAGAGUUUCUCGGCAGCAGCAAUGCCAUCCUCGUCGUCCACCUCACAUUCCACCGUCGGCCCGAUGCAAAUGUCCAAGCCACGAGCCCGUUUCGAAGACUCGAAACUGUCGCAGGAGAACAUCGGCAGCGAUAGCAGUCCGGCCAGUACCACGACCAGUAAAAAGAAGCGUUCAUCGUUUAUGCCCGGCAAGAGUUUAGCCACUGCCACCAAACUAAUAAAUCAGCAUCUUUUCGGCAUACAAAAUGUUGGACCCAAAGCCAAAUUUGAAAGUAAACAUUCCUCAUCGAUAGAAUCAAUAGAUGCAUCGCCGAAUUUGGAGCAUCAUCGCCGCUCGAAAUCAAUACUCAAGAACAAAUCGGAUGUGUCACGUGUGCUGGCGGAUCCGGAAAGUGAACGUCUAUUGGCGGACAACAUGUCUGGUUCAGGUGUCUCUGACAAUGGCACAGUAAUGGGCGAAUCAGGCAGUGAUUACUCACCGAAUAAAUUACCUCAUUCAGUUUUAGCUAAGUCAAUAUCCCCACCACCCCUUAGGCAUCGAACCCUAAUGCAACAACGCUCAGGCCCGGCCACGUUACAAUCAAAGCCGACCAAAUUCCAGACGCCUCGCUACCCAGCGGAGGAGCAAGCUCUGCGACAAGUUAAGCCGGUGCUGUCCCGUGCUGGCGCCGCUUCACAUCUGUCAGGAGACAGUCGUUAUGACUCAACGAAUAGAGACAGUAGUUUAGAUUCUGAAACAACAUUUACAUCGAAUGUUAAUUUACGCGGUGAAACUGCGGAUAGUGGUAAUGAUGGCAGCGGUGAUGCUGGCGGCUCCAGUGACGAGAAUCGUUCGUUACUGCAACGUGAUAACUCCAAUGAACGCCACGAUGACAAAGAGGACGCCAAUGGCUCGAAGGCGUAGCAAUUAAUUCAUUCUAAAUCGAAAAGGGAAUAAAGUCCAUUGCAAGGCCAAGGAGGGAGUAGCCAUCAAUGACCCCAUCAAAACUAAACAAAACAAAAACAUACAAAUUAAAACACAAUUUGAAAUGUCUAACAGAAUGUGAAUAUUGAAAAGCAAUGAACAGUAUUUUAGUCUGAUUAAAUGUUUAUUUUUACUUACAGAAAUAAUUCUUUAAAACCAAAACCAAAAAACAACAACUACAACUAUUGUAAAAACAAAAUUGAUAUACCUAACUAUCUAUACAAUAUUUACUAUAUCCUUAAAUAGAGAAUCCCACUAGCAAUCAGCCAACAACCAAACAACAGACAUACAAAACAACCAACCGCAAACCACAAACCUAUUGGGAAAGUGUAAAAAUGUAGUUAAGCUUGAAAUAUUGGUAACAAACAAACAGACAAACAAACUGUACCGGAACCUAAAACGAAACAAUGAAAAAACAAUCUUAAAUCAAUUUUCAAAAAUUAUACAGCUUCACUGUUUUUUAUACAUGUAUGUACUCUGUCAACUAAGAAGAACAAGAAAAAAAGAAUUGAAAAACCAAAAAAAAAGUUAUGUCUUCAUAUUUCUAUAUAUACACCGAAAUAACACUAAAACGUCCUCAAAGAACAAAACAAAACAAAAAGCCACAAGUCCAAAUUGAAAUUAAGGAAAACUGAUCGAGUGGAUAACAAACUUUACAACUCACAUAGAAGCCUCUCUAAAACAUAAAACAUGCAUAAAGUCAAGCCGAUGAAAUAUUGUUCCAAGUUUAUUCGUUUUACCCACUUUUCCCCCAGCCUUGGAUGAUUUUUUUUUCAAAUAAUUGCAGCUAUAUUUUAUGGCUAUGAAUUCUGCGACAAUUCGUUUU